AUGAACGGCCAGGGUGGGGUGAGUCGUCUGCGGCCAAACUCCACGGCGGGCACGGGGCUGAGCCGGCCCACCAGCCGUCUCCACGCGCGGUCGCUGCUGUCGCUGCUGACCCUACUAGCGCAAACCGACGCCUACGACGGCGUCGACCUCGACCAACUCUACCGCGCCGCCCUCCAGGUGGUAGUGCUCGAGUACUAUAACCUGAUCCGGUUCACGGCACCCACAGUAAGACAACCAAUGGUGCGGCUGUUGGUGCCGCCCGCGCUGGCGCCGGCGGGCAAAGAGGUCAAGUUGUCGCUGCUGGCCAUCAGCAACCUUGAGGAUAAGUUGCGCCUGGUCGCCCAGAUGAAGGACUUGUCGAUUGACGCCGACACUCGGCGCUCGUUGUUGGAGCUCUACAACAAAAUGCUCCAGCCGCAAUUUAAGCAGGAGUUGGCACGGACGAAGCUGGCGGAGUACGUGUUCAUGACCUUCAUCGGCUGUGUACAAAUGGCGCUCUCCAAAUCACAGAAGACCGCCACCCCUGAGGAAAAAGUACGACAGGCCGAUAUCUUCAUCCUGAUGUUGCGCACGGUGACUAAGGGCAAAGAAGAGGCGGUGAUGGCCAAGAUGUGCGAGCACCGAGAUUUACUUAAGCCGUCGCUCCAGAAACCUCAACAUCAACGACAAAAGCUGGACACGGGAGAGUACACCCAGCCGCUGUUCCGAAUGCUGGACUUUGAAGGAACCUCGGCGCAGUAUCUCAAAAUGCUCCAACAGCUCUUCGAAGUCGACGACGUCACCGCCCAGCAGGAUAUCAUCGCCGUCAAGGACCGCCUGCUGGGUAAAUGCUUGCAUGCCGAUAUCACGCAGGCGCGGUUCUACUUGGAUAAAGAUCUAGGCUUCUACCCGCCAGAGAAGUUUGUUUCUCACGAAGCCUAUUUUCAGUGGAAACAACGCCAACAGGCGCAGUACACUAAUCUCCAGAAGAAGUACCGCCUGGUGCCGCUGCACAACCUCCCGAAACUCCCCUCGGGUCAUGAGUACUACAUGUGGCCGCUGCGCCACACCAUACUCCCAUUCUACAUCAUCCUCAUCAAGCUUUGCUAUACCACCACUGCCACCGAUAAACUGCUCAUUGAUCCUGUGGCGCAAGAGUUGCUUGCUCUUAUCGCUCGAGUAUGGGGCAUCGAUGCGUCACUGAGAUGUGUUUGUUAUUACACUGCCGCCCACUUAGCUAAGAUCACCAGCAACGAUGCUGAUGUGGUUAAUACCGAAGUCACUCGUGACGUGGUUGGCUUAUGCUUCCAAGUCCUACAAGAAGCCGAAAUAGCAGAACUACCUAAGCGAAUGUGGGCCCAAACAGAUCAGGACAACUGGACCAAGAACCUAUUGAUCCUGUAUAACCAGACGAUGUACGGUAUCAAGGAGCUGUUGGCGAUGAUCUUCAAUACUACGGUGAAGCCCCAGUUUGGCACCUAUCUUAGUUUUCUCGGAGAUUAUGUCGAAGGCGAUGAAUUGUUUGAUGCUGUCGAAGCUCUGGGAAAGACCGCUCCAUGGGAGAAGAAACUUGCUAAGUCAUUGGUGAAAACUGUCAAUAACCGCUAUCGCGAGCACUUGAUGACUUUACCGCGUGAUGAUACUGUCAACAUUGGUCACUUCAUCGAUAUUUCCUCGGCACUUGUUGAUGACAUCAAACGACUUCAAAAACGGUAUAAGGCCCCCCUUCUAGGGUUUCUUCCGGUAGCCCGCGAAGUGGCUCAAAUUUAUACCAAAGCCUUUGCAAAGGAUCUGGAGAAUAUCCUCAAACAUAUAGAUGCCUACGCCAAGAACAAAGCCGAGUUCAUCCCCUACGGUGACGCCAUUGAAGCCUAUAAGCUGAUUGCUGAAGUUCGAGCCAUACAUCGCCAGGUUUUACCCGAGGAACAAUUUCUGUUCAAUAUUGAAGCGUUUUUCUUCAAGUACCUCGAAGAUUGGGUGGCAGAACUGGGAGAGAAAAUCGAGCAAAUUGUGCAAAACGCCAUCAAACUGGAUAAGUUUGACGCUAUCGACUUAGACAGUGACGAUAAGCGCGUGUCGACGCUGGUGGUUGACAUGUUUGCAAUGAUCAAGCAGUACUUUGGCAUCUUAAAACAGUUGGUCUGGGAAGAUGAGUAUCAAUUGGCCAAGGUAUACACCAUACUCCUUAAGCUGGUGAGUGACGGGGUGAUUGCCUACGCCAACACCGUGGCUGAUAAGGUGACGCAGGCAUUACACCAGUCAUCAGUGGCCGAAGAACCUGAGCGGGAACGCAGUCAUCUGUCUACUUGGCUCGCCGAUAUGAAACAAGCAGUGGCGCUGAUCCAAAGAGGUCAGGACGAAGAUAUCCAAAGGCCGUACCAGUUUGAGCCCCAGACGUGUAUCGCUCUCAACAACAUAAAUCGCAUCAUGGAACUGCUUGACAAGUUGGACACGGUGGACCCCGAGGCGAUUCUGGCCGUCAUCCAAAAGCGCAACCCGCUGUCAGCUACCCAAUAUUUACUGCAUUUAGUGCUGAUUCGCCUCGUCAAAGCUGAGAACUUAGCUCUGCUGCUGCUGCUGCUGGCUCCCACUCCCUACGUGACAAUGAUUGAUACGAAGCUUCGCAAAACCGUUGCCCAGCUGAGACCGUUGACUGCUACCACCAAUCCUGAUUGGGACGAAGAGUUCGAAGUGACUCUCCCCGCUUCAGAAAGUCUUACCCUCUCCGUGACUGUUUGGGACAAACGCAGUCUCAACCACUCCAUCUGUGGCCGUGCGCUUUUGGCGAUUGAUCCCAACCGGUUUGGCGUGGUGCCUCAGGAAAUUUAUCUUGAUUUGGAUACGCAAGGCAGAGUCAAGUUGGAAGUGCUGGUUGAACUGGAACGAUUAGACGCGGUGUUCGUCAUGGGGAAAGCCUACCGUACGUUGAAGCGGUGUCUUGAGCGGUGUAUCAAACUUAUGGUGGAAAAGUUUUCCCGGUUUAUUCACUACUGUCUUCUGCGACUGAACUUACGCCAAGUGUGUAGCUCUGGUCGUCCGACUCAGGAACAGAUCGACGACGCCAUGAUGCCAUUAUACAACUAUCUUAACUCAGGGUUGGAAGUGUUGGCGCUGUAUUUGACUCGCUCAUUACUUUUGCAAGUGAUGGUGGCGGCGUGGAACGUCGUACUUGCCACUGCUGAUAGCCUUCUUCUCCCACUGUUAGUACUGGCAAAAACACUUCAUCUUUUACAUUCCCGUCUGAGCCAGCUGCUGAGUUCAUGGCAAGCAGUGUCACUGACCAUUGCCAACGUUACACAUUCGAUCACUGGGAACAAACCAUUGACCACCACUGAGCUCGAAACCGUGUUUUCUUGGCUCAACUUCUUGUGUUUUGACUUCUUCCAUAACAAUGGUGCCGGCCCUCCCAUCAGUGACUUGAAAAAUGACCACUACCAAGCACUCUUGUACAUCCCCAACUAUUACGAUGCCGACAUCGACCAGUUGAUUGAAGAUGUGGAGCAAUUGGCACCCGCCUACAUCCAAACACUUCGGGAUAAAAACAAUAUUGACACUGGACUGGCUCCGAAGCGGGCGGGAACAAUGCUGAGAGCAAGAACUGUGCUUAGAAGCAAAACCAUUGCUGCCAAUGCCACCGCAAAGGCUAGAGCUAAAGCCGCAAAGGAAGCUAAAGAAGCGCAAGCGGAUCCUUACGCUGCCGAUGCUCAACUAGAGGAUAUCAUCCUACGCAUCUUGAUUGCCAGAGGCGAAAAACGGUUUGUUGCUGAUCGUCUCCAUCAACGAGAAAAGCUAGCGCUGUCCAUCGCCACCGAACGGAUUAUCAAGGCUGCCGCCGAAGGCAAGAUUGGUCGCAGAAAAUAA